CCUCCGCAGCUGCCCCGCUGGAAGCAGAGCCGACGCGAGCUGCUGCAAUGCCUGGAACGCUUCCUGCAGGCCCUGCUCACCGGGGCUCCGCUGUCAGCCCCCACCGCCGCCGGGCAGCCGGCCUGGGAGCGCUUCCUGGCCUGCUGCCGCGGGCAGGGGCUGCUCGCCUCGGCGGAGAGUCCUGGCGAAACUGGCCGUUGCUGGAGACCCUCAGCCGCCUCCAGGCCGCUCUGCCUGAUUCUGGAUGACAAUUUUUAUUACCAAAGCAUGAGAUACGAGGUGUACCAGCUGGCUCGCAAAUAUUCCUUGGGCUUCUGCCAGAUAUUUCUGGAGUGUCCACUCGAAUGCUGCUUGCAGAGAAACCGUCAAAGAAGUCAGCCCUUACCUGACCAAACAAUAUAUUUAAUGGCAAGGAAAAUAGAAAUGCCAGACCUUGAGAAAAACGCUUGGGAGCAGAACAGUCUCAUUCUGAAAAGUUUGGAUUGCUCUCCAGAGGAUAAUGAGCAGAUAAUUAGUUUGCUGGCCACUGCUUUGGAAAAUCCAGUGAAGCAAAACGAGGAGAACACUGAGCAAAAGGAAGCGGAUCGAGCAAUCUGUGCUGCUAGCACUGUUCAUCAGGCGGAUCAGAUGUGCAGACGCAUCAUCUCACAGACAAUGAAGGAUGCAAAAGAUAAACAUGUGCACCCAAGUGAGAUGAAGAGCCUGGCAGAGGAACUCAACAAACUCAAAGCAGAAUUUUUGGAAGGCUUGCGGCAAGGAAAUAAUUUGAAAAACCAGAAUUGCAUACAAAGUCGAUACCCUGACCCUGCUACAAGUCCAAUUUCUUCAUUCCAACAUGAGGCAGCCAACGUAAUUAAUAAAUAUAUUUUAAAAUAA